AUGAAGACCGUUAUAUUCUUGGGUUUAUUGGCUGUCGCUUGUGCUGCCCCACAAGGUCCUGCUAAUGAGCCCAUACCAAUUGUCCGCCAGGAGAGCCAGAUCAACCCUGAUGGCUCAUAUCAGUAUUCCUAUGAAACUGGGAAUGGUAUUGUCGCCCAGGAGCAGGGCGAACUUAAAAAUGUCGGAGCAGAAGAGCCUGCAAUACAAGUCCAGGGACAAUUUCAGUAUCCCAGCGACGAUGGAGGCAAUAUUCAAUUAACUUACAUUGCCAAUGAAAACGGUUACCAGCCUCAAGGUGCCCAUCUCCCAACACCUCCUCCUAUUCCAGAAGCCAUUCAACGAGCACUUGAUUACCUAGCUACUGCCCCACCUCAGCCAGAAAAUAGAAAAUAA